AUGGCCAGCCCGGCACCAUGGCUGCGCUGGACGCAAACAGAGCUGACGCGCUGGCACGGCGAAGAGCAGCAGGAGGAGGAGGAGGAGGAGGAAGAAGACGACUUUGAAAGGCGGAUGGACGAGGAUGGGGUCAUCGGCCUGGGGGAGGGCGCCAGGAGCCCCCCGUGGGGUGGCAGCGAGGAGCUGCAGGAGGGGUCCCCGGCACAGGAGGGGCGAUGGCAGCCGCGGCAGGAGCCGGCCGAGGAGGAGGAGGAGGAGCGGGGCAGCUCCGGGGGCGACGAGGGGCCCUGGGGGGCGGAGAGCGAUGGGGACCCCUACCCCGAGCUGUCCUCGGGGGGCUGCUGGGGCUCGGGCUCCAGCGGCAGCCCCGAGGCCGUGAGGGACCGCCGGGCUCUGUGCCAGCCCCGGGGCUGCAGCACGGACGGCGGGGACACCUCAGGGCUCUCGGACACCAGCCCUGGCCCCGGCACCCCGUCCCGCCAGCUCCGGGGCUGGGGCACGGCCGGGGACACCCUCGGGGGGCACAGGCAGGAGUGGAGCCCCAGACGGAGCCUCCCCCUGCAGCUCUCCCCCGAUGGCCCCGAGCGCGUCCCCGAGCCCCAGAGGGCUGGCACAGGGAUGGCACCCGCUGGCGUGGCACCCGCCGGGCAGCCCCAGGGCACCGGGAAUGCCCCGGCACCCCAAGGGCACGGCAGAUCCCGAGUGCCCAAGAAAGCAGCGCCCGCCGUGGUGCGCCCCAAGGCCGCCCGGCAGUCGCGGUCCCUGAGCCCCCGGAGGCGAACGGGUGCCAAGGGGACAAAGGAUCCCUCGGGAACGGGCACCGAGGGCACCCAGUACGGCCGAGGGCGCCUCAACCACCCCCUGCCCGACCUGUCCAAGGUGGAGGCGCGGGUGAAGUUCGACCAGAGCUACCGCCCGCCCCGGGGCCGGGUGCUGCCCGCCCGCCCCCGCGGCCCCGUCGGCUUCAAAUCCCCGGCCGAGAUCGUCCGGGAGGUGCUGCUGAGCAGCGGGGAGGGCGCGUCCCCGCAGCCCCCCAGCACGGCCGGGCUGCCGCAGGAGUUCAGGUCCCCCAGACAAGCCACGGCGCUGGUGCAGCAGCUCCAGGACGACUACCACAAGCUGCUGACCAAGUACGCCGAGGCUGAGAACACCAUCGACCAGCUGCGCCUGGGCGCCAGGGUGAGCCUGUUCUCCGACCCGCCGCAGCCCAGCCGCAGCCUCGCCGUGGGCACCGUGAGCACCGGGAGCCGAGUGAUGACCCUGAGCAUCCCCCAGGCACGGACAGCGGCUCUGGGCAUGGCCACAGCCCCGGCCACAGCCCCGGCCUCGCCAGCUGCAGCCCCGGGAGUGUCAGAGCAGGGGGGUUCACCCCAGCCUCAGUCCCCUCCUCCAGCGGGGGGGUGCUGCCCCACCUGCCCCGGGCCCUGCUGCUGCCCCGGCCCCCGGCUCACCCGGGCCCUGGCGGGGCAGAGCCGCCGGCUGCAGGCACAGGUGGAAUCCUUCGAAAGCUGGGUGCGUGCAGGGACCCCCACGCCCUCAGAACAGCUCCAGAGGAUGAGGAUGCUGAAGGACGCGCAGGAUGCGCUGGAGCGGGAAUACCUGCGGGGCCGGCAGCAGCUCCCGGCGGCUGCGGGGGGGUUCGAUCCGGACCGGGCAGUGGAAGGGGAGAUUUACCGCCUGGGGCUGCGCCUGGAGGGGCUGAGGGAGCGGCUGGAGGCGGGGGGCAGCCCUGCGCUGGUGGAGGAUCCUCGGGGGACAGCAGGGGACAGCGAGGGGGUGGCAGGGGGGCUGCCCUGGCCCCUCUGGCACAAGCAGCACCAAGUGGAGGAGGAUUUUGGGGAGCUGCUGGAGCAGUACAAGCACUUCAAGUCCUUGCCAGAGUCACUGAGCCUGGAGCAGCUGAGCCUGGUGGGGAGCCAGUCCCAGGAGGAGGUGGAUGCACCCACGGCAGGGGAUGGUGGCCCCAGCAAGGUCCCCUGCAGGACACGGUCACUCGAGGAGGAGCCCAGCCUCGAGCCCUUGGCAGUGCACCUCCCACAGAGAAGAGCUGCAACUCUUCCCCCCAGAGGACCCCCAAACCUGGAGCAGACACUGGGCCACCCCUCCCCUGCCCCUGCUGAGGAGCCACCAGCCUCUGCCAAGCCCCCCCUGGGGGUCUCUGGGCCACCACGGGUGUCCCUGUCCCUCGGUGGGACCGACAGUGGUGCCACCCAGCCUGGGCCCCGCAAGGAGCAGCGCAUCGUGUCCCCAGAGACCGACAGCGGCUUCGUGGGCUCGGAGGCCAGCAGGGUGUCACCCCCUGUGCACACCCCUGAGCACCAUCCCCCCGGCCCAGGGGCUCCGGGCUCGCUGGGACCCUCCGUCCCCAUCCCCAGCAGCCUCCGCACCCCACGGGAGAGAGAGACCACCCCGCUCCCCUCCGAGACAGCACUGAUGGGCAUCUACCCCCCGGGGGGCACAGGGGGGCCCCCCAGCAGCCCCUCUGAGAGCAGCUCCCCCCCUCGCUGGGCUGAGGGCAGCGAGGUGGGACCCGACCCCGACGGUGAUGGCACUCACACAGACUCGGAGGUGGGAGCCAGGAGCUGUGCCAGCGCCGGUGGCCGCCCCCCAGCCAUGGCCAGGACCCCCACCAGCCCCCUGCCCUCCCCCCAAACGCCAUCCCCCACCUUCCUGUCCCCCGACCUGCCGUCCCUGGACCCGGCUCACUGUGACCUGCUGGGCUCCCGUCUGGAGCGCGACCAGGCCAUCCGGGCGCUGCAGGACGAGGUGUGGCGGCUGCGGCGGAGGCUGGAGGAGAGCCUGUGCCACUCCCGCAGCUACCCCGAGGGAAAAGCCACUCCCCGUGUCACCCCGGCCAGGGGGCAGCCGCUGGCCAGCGCACCAUCGGCCCCGCAGGACGCGGCACCCUCGGGGCAGCCGAGCCCCCCGGUGCGGGGCAGGGCAGCCCCCGGGGUCACACCCAUGCAGAGGGGGAGGUCGGCAUCGCUGCCACGGGACAAGCCCGAGCUGGCCCUCGGUCUGGAGCUGGGUCCCGGCGGGUGCCACCCCCCUUCCCUGUCCUCUGCCACAGCCUCCGAGUCAGAGCCCGGGCCACGGGCACCCCCCGUCCUGCGGAAGCACCUUGGGAAGCCCCCGGGGCCGGUGACAUUCCGGGGACAGCACACAGGGACACGGUACCAGGCGGGGACAGCACGUGCCACCCCGGCACCCCAAGAAGAGCCGGGCACCUCGGGGUGUCCCCGAUGUCACAGGGGCAGGACGGCAUCAGCUGCAUCUGGGGCAGGUGACACCCCCCGGCAGCCCCAGCACAGCACCCCCAGGAGAACGUCCUGCCCCACCUGCCGGGCACCCGCGGGCACCAGGGACACAGCCACACACGAGCAUGGCCUUGGUGGCUCCUGUCCCCCAGGUCCCCACGCUGGAGCCGAGAAGCUGGAGCAACCUGGCAUUUGGUACUUGGCAGCCCCCCCUGCUGCCACCAUCUGCCUGGCACCCGUCCCCCUCGUGCCUUACGUGCCCUCCAUGCUCUACUGCUCCCCAGCAGUUCCUACCUCAGCCCCAGCCAUGGCCGGGGUCCCCCUCGCUGUCCCCGCGGGUCCCCGGCGGGCAGAGCGUCCUCCCCGGCCCCAGGGCCACCAGCGCUGCCUGAGCCUGGAGCUGGAGGAGCUGGAGGAGCUGAACUGGUGCCUGGGCCGGGCUGUGGAGGCUGCCCAGAGCGCCAGGCUGAGCUCCAGCCGCCUCAGCCGGGCCCUGGCCGCAGAGCUGGGCCGGCCGCGGGGCCUGCGCGGCUCCUGCCUCUUCUGAGGGCCCGGCUGGCACCUCCGGGGCCUCUGUGACACAGGAGAGGGAGAUGGACCCCUCAGCAUCCCUCACUGUGUGCCCCCUGUCAAACCUAGGGCCAGAGGUACCUCCAGGCCCUCCGUGCCACAGGACAGAAGAAUGGGGCCCUCAUUGUGCCAGCACGGCAUGCCCCCUGUGAGACCUGGGGCCUGAGGUGCCUCCGUGCCACCAGGAGAGGAUGGACCACUCACAGCAUCCCUCACUGAGUGCCCCCUGCCAAACAUGGGGCCAGAGGUACCUCCAGACCUUCUGUGCCACAGGAGAGGAGAAUGGGCCCCUCAGUGUCCCAGCAUGGCAUGUCCCCUGCGAGACCUGGGGCCUGAGGUGCCUCCAGACCCUCCAUGCCACCAGGAAGGGAGGUUGGGCCCUUUAUUGUCCCUGCACUGCGUGCUCCCUGCCAAACCUGGGGCCAGCAGUGCUGGAGGCACUUCCAAACCCUCUGUGCCCCAUCAGGAGAGGAGGAUGGGCUCCUCACAGCAUCCCUGCGCUGCAUUCCCCCUGACAAACCUGGGGCCAGCAGGGCCAGAGGUACCUCCAGACCUUCUGUGCCACCAGGAGAGGAGAAUGGGCCCUUCAGUGUCCCUCACUGUGUGCCCCCUGCCAAACAUGGGGGCAGAGAUGCCUCCAGACCCUCUAUGUCACCAGGAGAGGAGGAUGGCCCCCUCAGUGUCCCUCACUGUGUGCCCCCUGCCAAACCUGGGCCACAAGGGCUGGAGGUGCCUCCAGACCCUCUGUGCCACCAAGAGAGGAGGAUGGGCCCUUUAUUGUCCCUGCACUAGGUGCCCCCUGCCAAACCUGGGGCCAGAGGUACCUCCAGACCCUCCAUACCACCAGGAGAGGGGCAUGGACCCCUCCUUGUCCCUCACUGUGUGCUCCCUGCCAAACCCGGGGCAGCAGGGCCAGAGGUACCUCAGAGGUUCCUGCCCUGGCUCCCACCCCGGUCCUGCCGUCCCUGCAUGGCCUGUCCGUCGGUCUGUCCCUCUCCAGGACCUCCCAAGCUGCAGGAGGGGGGAAGGUGUGGGCAGAAUCCUCCAGCCUUCCUCAGCCCUAUCCCCUGGGAGCAGUGAGGUGUCCCCCUAGGGCCGUGGCCACCCCACCCUGAGCACUUCUGGGGGUGCUCUGACCUCGUGUGGGUCGAGCCCCCUUGGCAGCUGUGUUUACCUCUGUGCCUGUGUGGGCAGAAUUCCCUGGCAUCCCCUGGCAUUCCCUAUUCCACCCUUUCCAGGCCUCCUCAGGGGGCUGUGCCCUGUGCCCUCUGCCCUUGGACUUGAACCCAGCAGGAUCCUCCCUGGGGAAAUUUAUUUUUUUGUUGGUUUUUAUGUGAUUUUUUUUAGCUAAAUCACUCUUUGGAGUGUUGAUUGAUGAUCUAUAAUAUGUGUGUGUGAUAUAUGUGUAUCUAUAAAUGGAUAUAUCUAGAUAUAGGCAUAUCUAUAUUUAGUUUUAUGUCUAUAGAGAGACAGAUAUAAAUAGAUCUGUGUAUGUCCAGAUCUGUAUCUGAUUCUAUAGAUAUAUCUUUCUACAGAUACAUAUAUAUAUAAAUAUUCUGGUUUGCAUUUCCAGCACAACCCUUAGGGCAUUUUUGGGGUUCUUUUCUGGUCAUCCCUGGAUGUGGCCACCCACAGCAUCAUCCAGGCAGAAAAUAAAAUGAAGGAUUUGAGGUUUUCCCCCUGGGAUCCUCAGGGAAGCUGGGCUGGUGGAGGAAAAGUCACCUGAGACAAAGGCAGGUGUGGGGCUGUGGAGCCCCUGUUCCUCCCAGCUGGGUUUCUAAGGAGUUAAUUCCUAUUUUUUAGGGAAAAGGAUGUGGUUGGGGCAGCUUUUCCAGGGAUGGGUCCAGCCAAACCCCCCUGCUCCACCCCUCAGCCUGUGUUCAUCUGUAGGACCUACCUGAAGUGCCAGUGUCAAAUGUAUUUAUUUUUCUUUUAUUUGUUGUACAAAUUCCCACAUUUGGAGGGAGGGAUCAGUGAAGGACUCAGGUCUGGAACCUUCCAAGCUCCCUCUGAGCCUCAUCCUUGACAUGAGCCCAGAGAGGAUGGGAAUGGAGCUGUCCCUUCCUCCUUUUUUGGGCCAAGAGGGCUGGGUUUGGGGGAUUUUAAAGAGGCUUGGGGAAUUUUAAACAGGUUUGGGGGACUUAAAAAGAGGUUUGGCAGAUUUUAAAGAGGUUUGGAGAAUUUAAAAGAGGUUUUAUUGUCUCUGGUUGCCUCUGCUCAUGCCUGUGCCCCAAGCUGGAAGCCGUGACUCCCUCAGCCCAGGCAGGGCGUGAUAGGAAGAUGUGGAAAGUGUGGUUAAUUAUUCCAAAUGCAGUAGCCAGGACCAAAUGUUGUUUUUUUUCCCUUAUCCCCUAUGUUUUAACGCCCAGCAGAGCCACUGGGAUGGUAUUUUGUACGAAGAAAUCACCUAUUUUUGAAGGAAAUAAAUGCAGUUGGAUGACUCGUGUGCUGAUUUUCCUUCCCAAAGCCUCCUCCUAGGGGGAGGUUUGGCAUCACCACACCAGG